UUACAUUGAUUUAAAUGCUGGGCGGAUCUACUCGACUUCCCUGCCUCUGUGGCUUUCGAUUCUAGCGCAAGAGCAGCUCUACGUGAGAAACUGUUACUUCGUUCGCGCUGAACUGAGAUUAUUUACUAAAUGACUGAUUCUGAAUGACUGACUGACUGAUAGCGACCAAAAUCUGCCUCAGUCACAGCAGAUCAUCAUCAGACCAUGAGUGUCAGUUCAACGCGGAGCAGCGGGGAAGAACUCGACGAGCUGGAGUCAGUUAGCUGGUAUCAUUAUGAUUUGUCCCGACAUGCAGCUGAAGCCCUUCUCCUGUCGAAUGGGGUAGAUGGGAAUUUUUUACUCCGAAACAGCAACAAGGGUCCUGACUGCUUUGCUUUGUCCGUCCGAGCAAAGGACUCAGUGAAACACUUUCAUGUCCGACGGCAGUUUGGCAAAUAUUCCUUUGGCUUCAAUGAAUUCCCUUCCCUUCAGGAUUUUUGCAGUCACUUCGCCAAUCAGCCUCUGCUAGGCAGCGAGACAGGAAACCUGAUAGUGCUACGGUUCCCGUACCCACGGCAGGUGGAAGAGCCAUCUAUUUAUGAGACGGUGUGUGUGCAUACGGCCAUGCAGACAGGCCGGGAUGAAAACGACCUGGUGCCUAAUGCUCCAGCACUUGGCACAAAAGAGGGUUAUCUGGUUAAACAAGGAUCGCUUAUCAAGAAUUGGAAACAGAGAUGGUUCACGCUGAAUAGAUAUGAACUCAAAUAUUUCAAGGACAAAAUGUUUGUAGAGCCGAUACGAACCCUGAAUCUGACGGAGUGCUCUGCUGUACAGUUUGAUUACAGUCAGGAGAGGGUCAACUGCUUCUGUUUGGUGUUCCCCGAGAGGACGUUUUAUUUGUGUGCAAAAUCCGGUGCUGAAGCAGACGAAUGGAUUAAGCUACUACGAUGGAAACUUUCACAGGUAAAGAAAGGUCGAUGAUGUUCAACAUGGAGAAGUAUCACUGGAGCAAUGUGAGCUGCGUCAGUUUUAUGUUAGUAAUUACACAGGAUUCAACUUCAUCUGAUUAUGGUAGAUAUAAUCUGGCAUUAUGGUAGAUAUCACAUGAAGAUAUAAUGUGGCCACUGAAUCACACAUGCAAGAUUUUCCAUCUAGAUCAAGCGAAGUCCCAAGGCACAAUGCUAUCAUGCUUUAAAAAGAGUCUGGAGGCGGUACAUUACCAGUGUUUGUUUUAUAAUUGACUGUAGGAAGUUUUUUAUCUUAUAUAUUGUGUUCUGUGUGGAACUUACUUUUUUUCUUCUUAUUUUUCUCCGAACCAAGCUAUACUUGCUGAAUGUUCCUUAAAACAGUGUGUCUGCUCCCAAACAUACGUAAAAUACCCCCCUUAUAUGCAUGGCUCUGACUAUGAAGAAGUAAACCUGUACAAUUUAAUGAAGUUUGUGCAUUGAAAGACCUUUGGAUGUAAGAUACUUUAUUGUCAGAAUCGAGAGCUGAAGUGAUGUAUGUUGUAGGCCAACCUGGAAGUUAGCGUCACCCUUAUUCCCUCCACAAAACCCCAAUAGGAUUUUACAUUGACUUUUGUAUUAUUGCGAAAAGUUUAACUACAAAUUUAACGCCACCAUCUCUAAGUUUGAGUUAGAAUAGUACACGAUUUAAAAUGCAACAAGGCUAUGAAAGUAAAUAUGAGUUUUCCUAUUCAGUGCGAGACCGUCGUUUGAGGUCGAAACGUUGCAAUUUAUUAAACUU